GGCCACGGUCCCUGGUACUUGGUAGCAGGGCCAGCAGCUGAUUGCUUCCUCGGUCAUCUUCCAGGUUUUUUUCUUUUCGUUCAGCAUCCUAGAAUAAACGAGGAUGGGCGCUGACUCGAAUCCCAAGGACAGUCCCUUUAUGAGAUUCUGUUUCGGAGUCGUCAGCAUGGUCGAGGGGCCGGUCGUCUGGUUCAGAAAGAACAUCGUCGAACCCAACCGGAAGGAGUACAACUGGUACCACGAAAAGCUAAGGAGGGUACCGACCAUAGACCAGUGCUACGACGACGACCCUUUAUGUAAAUUUGAAGCCAACCAACAAUUCAAGCGAGACAAGUAAUUUUCAAAAAUGCCUUUUAAGCCGGUUC